UUCGAAUUCACCAAGCUUUGCUCUGUUUGCUGCAGAUCCAGAACAGAUUUUUAAGUUUGAGCUCUGAUUUGUGAUUGACUGCAUCCAUGGCACCUAAGGGAGAGAAGAAGCCCGUGGCUGAGAAAAAGCCGAUUGCGGAGAAAUCUCCUGCACCUGCUAAGAAGGCUCCCAAGGCUGAAAAGAAGCUGCCCAAGGAAGGAGACAAGAAGGGCAAGAAGAAGCAUAAGAAGAGCAUUGAAACCUACAAGAUCUAUAUUUUCAAGGUUCUGAAGCAGGUGCACCCUGACAUUGGAGUCUCCAGCAAGGCCAUGGGGAUUAUGAACAGCUUCAUCAAUGAUAUUUUUGAGAAGCUGGCCAGUGAGUCCUCCAGAUUGGCCCGUUACAAUAAGAAGCCUACCAUCACAUCACGGGAGAUCCAGACAGCUGUGAGGCUUGUUCUUCCUGGAGAACUUGCAAAGCAUGCUGUUUCUGAGGGGACUAAGGCUGUUACAAAGUUCACAAGCGCUUAGUGUUUGCCCGAUUCGGGGUUUGCUGAAUCAAAUGGUGUCUUUAGACACCACCUAUUUUAUGAGGAUCUGGGUUAUGUGCUCUUCUCUGUGUUUUUUGAUGUUACUGUUAGGGUUUGAUUGCUAAUUUUAACUCUGGUUUCAGCUUUUUGUCUGAAUUUUAUUGUUUUUGAGUCAAUUUUGUUGCCAUUGUGGUUGUGCAAGAGGUUUGAUUACACGAAGGGAUGCAAUGGCGGAAGUAACAGUGUAAGUGGAUAAAUAAAUUUCAAAGGUUUAUAAAUCAUAAUUCAGGGAAAUUAUUAGCGA